CACGACAGGAGGGAGGGGAGGUGGAAGCGCCGACGGGAGAUCAUCAUAACACGGGGAGGGCAAAAUUACGCUUUUCACCGAUUUCCUCAUCAGGAAGAGAUGUUUAAUCUCACCAUGUCUGCGGAAACAGAAGCAACUGCUGUUGCCAACUCGUGACCGCUUCUUCAAAAGGUCCUAAAACAGCGCCGAGUGGCUGAUCGCCCCUUGAGCAAGUCUCACCUGUAUACUUCGUGAACACUGAGCAGGUUAACCCAAAAGCCAUGAGCACGCCCGUCAACGACCCUGAGAGCAUCCUGAGCUACCAGAGGCCAGAUGAGGAGGUGGUGGUAGACCAGGGAGGGACCAGCUCAGUACUGAACAUCCACUAUGAGAAGGAGGAACUGGAAGGCCACAGGGCUCUGUUUGUGGGGGUUCGGAUGCCCAGGCAGAGCCAUCGUCACCACAAGGCUCACGGCUCUCGCCACCGCAAGAGAGACAGAAGGGCGGGAAGCAUCGCGACACAGCAAAGCGAGGAAAGUGAGACGGCCACGUCCAGUCAUGACACGCCGUCCCAGCGCGUCCAGUUCAUUCUGGGCACGGAGGAGGAUGCUGAACAUGUGGCCCACGAGCUGUUCACUGAGCUGGAUGAGAUCUGUGUGAAGGAUGGCAAGGAUGCUGAGUGGAAGGAAACAGCCAGGUGGCUGAAGUUUGAGGAAGACGUGGAGGAUGGAGGGGAGAGGUGGAGCAAGCCCUAUGUCGCAACUCUUUCCCUCCACAGCCUGUUUGAGCUCCGCAGUUGCAUCAUCAAUGGCAGCGUGUUACUUGACAUGCACGCUGACAGCAUCGAAGAGAUUGCAGACAUGGUGCUGGACCACCAGGAGGCGUCCCAUGAGCUGGACGACACUGUGAGAGUGAAGGUGCGUGAGGCUCUGCUGAAGAGACACCAUCACCAGAAUGAGAAGAAGAAGAACCUGAUGCCCAUCGUGCGCUCCAUGGCUGAGGGAACCCGCAAACACUCAGAGACCCAUCUGACAGGGUCAGCCACAUCUCCCCACCCUCCGGCAGCUACAGAACCCGCCAAGAAUGGUGGCGGACAGGACGCCACUCAAACAAGCAAAGUUGACACGCACUUUAUGAAGAAGAUCCCAGAGGGUGCAGAGGCCUCCAAUGUAUUGGUGGGAGAACUGGACUUCCUGGAGAGGCCCAUUGUGGCCUUUGUCCGCCUCUCCCCUGCUGUGCUGCUCACCGGACUCACUGAGGUCCCCAUACCUACCAGGUUCCUCUUCAUUCUCCUGGGCCAAGAUGGAAAGGCUCAGCAAUACCACGAAAUUGGACGCUCUAUGGCGACCAUCAUGACAGAUGAAAUCUUUCAUGAUGUAGCCUACAAGGCAAAGGACAGAAGUGACCUGCUGGCUGGGAUAGAUGAGUUUCUAGAUCAGGUGACGGUUCUGCCACCAGGAGAGUGGGACCCCUCCAUCCGCAUUGAGCCCCCAAAGAGUGUCCCCUCUCAGGAGAAGAGAAAGAUACGAGGAGUCCCUAAUGGCACAACCUGCCAGGUAGAGGAAGAACUACAUGCUGAGCACCACGGACCAGAGCUACAGAGAACGGGAAGGUUGUUUGGUGGUCUGAUACUGGACAUCAAGAGGAAAGCUCCGUUCUAUCUGAGUGACUUUAAGGAUGGUCUUAACCUCCAGUGUGUGGCCUCCUUCCUCUUCCUCUACUGUGCCUGCAUGUCUCCUGUCAUCACCUUUGGAGGACUGCUGGGGGAGGCGACAGAGGGACGCAUCAGUGCCAUAGAGUCCUUACUCGGUGCGUCUAUGACUGGAGUAGCCUACUCUGUGUUUGCUGGUCAGCCUCUCACCAUUCUGGGCAGCACAGGUCCUGUGCUGGUUUUUGAGAAAAUCCUCUACAAGUUCUGCAAGGACUACGACCUGUCCUAUCUGUCUCUGAGGACUUGCAUCGGCCUGUGGACGGCCGUGUUGUGUUUGAUUCUGGUUGCCACUGAUGCGAGCUCUCUGGUGUGUUACAUAACUCGGUUCACAGAGGAGGCCUUUGCCGCCCUGAUCUGCCUCAUCUUCAUCUACGAGGCCUUGGAAAAGCUAAUCCACCUGGGAGAAGUCUACCCCUACAAUGCAAACAGUGAUCUCGACAAACUCACACUGGCGUACUGUAGGUGUGCAGAGCCUGAUAACCCCAGUAAUAAAACCUUACAACUGUGGAGUGCGAGAAACAUCACAGCAGCUGAAGUACUCUGGACCAACCUUACUGUCAAGGAGUGUAUCAGUCAGCAGGGCCACUUUGUUGGGACAGCAUGUGGCCACCAUGGCCCCUACACGCCAGAUGUUCUCUUCUGGUCCACCAUCUUGUUCUUCUCGACUUUCUUCAUGUCUGCCUUCCUCAAACAAUUCAAGACAAGUCGUUAUUUCCCCACCAAGGUGCGAUCCAUGAUCAGUGACUUUGCGGUGUUUCUCACCAUUGCCGUCAUGGUUCUGCUUGAUUAUGUCAUUGGAGUCCCCUCCCAGAAGUUGAAGGUGCCCAGCAAAUUCCAGCCUACCAGAGAUGACCGAGGUUGGUUGAUCAAUCCAAUAGGAAGCAACCCAUGGUGGACAGUCCUGGCUGCAACUAUUCCUGCUCUUCUGUGCACCAUCCUCAUCUUCAUGGACCAACAGAUAACUGCCGUCAUCAUCAACCGCAAAGAGCACAAACUGCUGAAGGGCUGUGGGUACCACCUGGACCUGCUCAUCGUCGGAGUGAUGCUGGCGGUGUGCUCCAUCAUGGGCUUGCCCUGGUUCGUAGCAGCCACGGUGCUGUCCAUCUCUCACGUCAACAGCCUGAAGCUGGAGUCAGAAAGCUCGGCUCCAGGAGAGCAGCCUCGCUUCCUGGGCAUCAGGGAACAGAGGCUCACUGGCCUGGUCAUCUUCCUGCUCAUGGGCUGCUCUGUAUUCAUGACUGGAGCUCUGCAGUUCAUUCCUAUGCCAGUGCUGUAUGGUGUUUUCCUUUACAUGGGAGUCUCUUCAUUAAAAGGCAUACAGUUCUUUGACCGUCUAAAGUUGUUCGGCAUGCCGGCGAAGCACCAGCCAGACUUCAUCUACCUGCGUCACGUCCCCUUGAGGAAAGUGCACCUGUUCACUCUGACACAGCUCACCUGUCUGCUGCUGCUCUGGUUCAUUAAGACCUCACCUGCCGCUAUCGUCUUCCCAAUGAUGGUGCUGGCUCUGGUUUUUGUUCGCAAACUGCUGGACUGCUGUUUCUCCGACCGAGAGCUAAGUUACCUGGAUGACUUAAUGCCUGAGUGGAAGAAAAAAAACCUUGAUGAUGCCUCCAAAUCGAUAGAAGAGGAAUCACAGAUUAUGCUCAGUACAACGAAGGAAGACACAACUGCUGUUCAGAUUCCCAUGGAGAGUAGCAAGCCCGUCCAGACCCUCAAAGCACAUGACCUCAGGUGUGACCCCUCUGAUAUUAAUAUAUCUGAUGAAAUGUCUAAAACCACCGUGUGGAAAUCCCUCAACUCCAAUCAAAAGGACAUUUGUCCUGUAGCUGCUAAGAAGGAUUGAAGGGAUUGCGUUCAUAGACGAGUAAAAGAUGUCCGCGGUCUUGACACACUGUAGUUCUGGACCACAGGACACUGCGAUUUGGCUGCUUUGACCGUCAGCCACUUUAGUGCUUAGAGAAAAAGGUCUUGAUGAUUGCAACCAGCUAACAGCAACACAUAAUACUGUCCACAAGCAUACAGACAAAGAGAACGUAGCACACGCACAUAGAUAGACAUACACAUGCACUUUUAUCUUUGCGAGGACUAGAAAUAUUUUGAAAAGCGUAUUUGUUUAAAAUAAAAACUAAACUAAUUCCAACUCUGAUCCCUUGACUAUGAACUAGCACCAACCUCAGCAACAUUCAUUU